AUGAUUGCCCGCCGCUCCGCCCUCAACGUCGCCCGUUCGGCCCGCUUCUACUCCACCGCUGCUCAGGAGGCCGCCGGCAAGGAGUUCCUCGCCCAGCGCGCCGCUGUCAAGGAGCACGCAAAGGGCACUACCGCGCUCUGGCGCAACGUCUCGUUCUUCGUCUGCAUUCCCGUGGUGAUCGCCGGCACGGCUUGGACCUGGAAGCUCGAGAAGGAGCACUUUGACCACAUCGAGCACCUCAAGGCCGAGAACGGCGGCGAGAUGCCCGUCCGCCCCCACUACGACUACCUCAACAUGCGCACUAAGCCCUUCCCCUGGGGCAUGCAGUCGCUCUUCUUCAACCCCGAGGUCAACGUCCCCGCCGGCGACGCGGAGUAA